GCAUUCCCGACACCAUUUCCUCUGCAGACUGUGUUCCAUUCGUCUGCUUUUCACUUGGUCUCGAGAUCUGGACCAUGGCAUCUCUGCUACGGAUGCUGAGUGACUUCCCCAGUCGCCUGGCUGCAUUCCUGGACAGACCUGGAUUCCCUUGGAAAAGACUGAUCCUGGGUUUCUCCCUGGGCCAGUAUGUCCUCGAAGGUUUAUUAUCCCUGCGACAGUACAAGGUGUUGCAGAAGAAGAAACCGCCCAAGACCCUAGAAGAUGAAAUCUCGCAGGAUGUAUUCGACCGAAGCCAAGCAUAUGGCCGAGCAAAAGCGCGAUUCGGUUUCAUCUCAGGUUUAUAUUCCCAGAUCCAAAAUGUCCUCUUCAUUCAAUACGAUAUCUUGCCCAAACUGUGGUCGGUGACCGGCAUCUGGCUCACGCGAUUCCUACCCGAACGAUUCUCCGGCGAAAUCUCUCAUACGGUCCUCUUCUUCCUGACGUUCAACUUGAUCUCUCAAGCCCUCUCGUUACCCAUUUCGUACUACGGGACCUUUGUGUUGGAGGAGAAGUUUGGGUUCAACAAGCAAACGGUCAAGCUAUGGCUCACGGACAUGCUAAAGGGUCAAGCCCUGAUGGUCGCACUCGGUACACCACUUCUCAGCGCCUUCCUCAAGAUCAUCCAAGUCACGGGCACGAGAUUCUUCUACUACCUCUGGCUCUUUGGCAUUGCCGUCCAGCUCUUCGGCAUCACAAUCUACCCAAUCUUCAUUCUGCCGCUCUUCAACAAGUUGUCACCUCUCGAACCCGGAGAGCUAAAGUCAGGCGUCGAAGCCCUCGCGUCGAGACUCAAGUUCCCCUUGAAGUCACUGUAUGUCAUCGACGGAAGCAAACGAAGUGCACAUAGCAAUGCGUACUUCUUUGGUCUUCCAUGGAAGAAACACAUUGUCAUCUACGACACUUUGAUCGAAAAGAGUGAACCACAAGAGGUUGUUGCGGUCCUUGGACAUGAGCUUGGACAUUGGAGUCUGUCGCAUACCACGAAAUUGUUCGCUAUCGCACAGUUCCACAUGUUCUACAUCUUUGCCCUGUUCAGCGUCUUCAUCGACAACAAUUCUUUGUACUCGUCCUUUGGAUUCCACAACUCGCACCCUAUCAUCAUCGGAUUCAUUCUCUUCUCUGAUGCCUUGAGUCCAAUGGAUGCUGUUGUAAAACUCUUGAUGAAUGUCCUCUCUCGUAAGUUCGAGUUCGAAGCCGAUAAAUUUGCAGUCGACCUUGGUUUCCAAAAGGAACUGGCGAGGAGUUUAAUCAAGCUCCAAGUCCAGAAUCUCAGCACAAUGGACGCGGACUGGAUGUAUGCUAGCUACCAUUACAGCCAUCCCAUCUUGGCUGAGCGACUGGCUGCCUUGGGCUGGAAAAGUUCCAAACCAUCGUCCAAUGGCAAGGUUGUCGAGCUGGACGAGAAAGUGGUGGACGCGGAUGUUGUGAAAGCAACGGACCGAGAAUUGUGAAUUCCUUGUCUUGCUGGUCUACAGCAAGGAUGAGAUAUGGAGGAGUGGAUUAAGACAGAUACACUGCAAGCUUUCUAGCCAGCAAUUGUCUUGGUCUGAUCUGGGUUAUCAUGCUGGCAAUCUUGACAGAUAGUUGCAACAGGAUGGCAUUUUCGACUUUGGCGAAUGUCAAUCUUGAGUCGUUGCAUCAAAUCGCAUGCAUGCUGAGAAGCUGCAUGUCUGGGUGAUAUACUUUUUUCCAAUAGAGUAGGAUACUGGACGAUGAAAGCAAAGCCAUUGGUCGCUCCAAAGGAAGGGAGGAAAAGGAUGUUAAAAUGUGUAAAACGACUCCUUUCAGUCUUUGGUGGCUUGUCGUCUCUUGACUUCU